GGGAUUAGGGCCCCUAAAAUUUAAGCUUCAUUCGUUUCAUAGUAAUCUGCUCCAGGGUUUCGUAGAUCAGAGUCCAAUUCCUCACAAGAACUUUACACAGCAGGCAGGCAGAUCACAUGGAGAGAGAAACCUUGCUUCCUGCAGCUAGUAAGAUGGAUUCCUGGGUGGUCCUUUAGCUCUGAUUACUGCCUUGGUUCUUGUUUGGAGCUGCUUUCAGUUAUAUUAGAAUGUGGUCAGUAAGAACAGCUUUACAGUGGUACCUCAGGUUAAGAACUUAAUUCAUUCUGGAGGUCCGUUCUUAACCUGAAACUGUUCUUAACCUGAGACACCACUUUAGCUAAUGGGGCUCCCGCUGCCACUGCGCGUCUGCUGCGCAAUUUCUGUUCUCACCCUGAAGCAAAGUUCUUAACCCGAGGUACUAUUUCAGGGUUAGCGGAGUCUGUAACCUGAAGCGUCUGUAACCCAAGGUACCACUGUAUUAUGCUGCUAGGUUUGCCUGACUGCUAUGCUAGCGGAGAAGCAGGUGCAAGCCCCAAACUUCCAAGUCACAGUUUUCUUUCUGUGCAAAAGAGAAAAUACAGGGGCCUUUCUGUUUAACAUCAGUUAACAUAGCUUUGGGGUUUCGGUUUUAUAUGCAGAGAAACAAAAGGCUAGCCGCUAGCAGGAACUGAGCCAAUAUUGACCACGGGAGUGGGCAAAUUACAGCUGCCAUACUGUGUGAAUCUACAGCAGAAUAACCUCAUCAUGAUGUGAAAAAACAAAUACUGGCUCUUUAAGGAAAUGUCCACCUGCAAACCCUCCCUCCCUGCCCCCUUCUCGGCUUCCUUCUCUUAGAGGAGUAAUUGGCUCUCUGAUCUGUCAUUCUCACCUGCACAGCUAACAAAUCCCACCCACUUUCCCAUGCCCAUUUCAGUGAUUAAGCUCUGCCUUUCACCCAUAAGGCUGUGCCAGGUAGAAGACCAGCUGCACUUGCACAAGGAGGAGGCAGAAAUCAUGCAGCCUUUGGACUCGGAGAGAGGCUUAAUCAAAAUCAGCCACUGUAAGAGAGACAUCUUUGGUUCCUUUGUGCCCAAGCAUUGUCCCCUGUGUGGGCAGAGCCUGUUCUACAGGAAACUGGAAGAAGCACCUGUCACUAUCCCCAGCCCAUUUGUUAAUGGGCACAGAGAAAGAUGUUCUUUUUUACUUAAACCUACUACAGGAACCUUUCUGAGAGGGUAUGAUGGAAGUUCUGAUCUCCAUGUUGGAAUAACCAAUACUAAUGGUUUAGUGUAUAAUUACAACGAAACUGGAGUUAACAUAGCUGAGCAUGGAUGGGAACAAUGUGUAAGUGUUCAUCUAGUCCAGCCUGACAUGUAUGGCCUGCUUAACCAAUGGGAUACAUACCUAGAACAAUUCUCUGCAGCAGAAAUCUGGCUUCCACACAGGUAUGAAGAACAUCUCCAUAACUGUUACACCUAUGCACUAACAUUUAUUAACUGUGUGCUUAGCGCCCAAAAGAAGCAGCAAAUGAAUAAAAGUGAAUUUACAGAGAGAUUUGUGAUUCCACGAACAAGGAAAGCUUCCAAGUAUAUCACCAUCUACAAGGAAAUAUGCAAAAAUGGCUUCUAUGCAGUUGACCUUCCUGCUCAGGAGGGCACUGCCAUUUGAAUUUAUAAUGAGGGAACUGUAUAGCAAUGGAAGUAAAAUCCUUAUGUUAAGGCACUUAUAUUUCUUGUUCCUUUCAUCUCACAAGAAAACAUGAAGUUGGGACUGCAACACAUGUAUUAAAUCAUGCUGCACGUUUACUCAGAAGGCGGUCCCACAGAGACUGAGGAUUAAUCUCAAGUAUCCAUAAGACUAUGGAACCUUGAGGCUGUUCCAAUAAACUUCUACUUUUCUAAACAAUGAUAUUUGGAAGAAUGAAAUAAAAUAAAGACAUUAUCUG